AUGGCUCUGGGGGAUGGAAUGGAGUCUAGUUUCGUUCUUGCACUCGUUAUGAAUUUCCAGUGUUUGAAUGAAUUGACCAUGUUGUUAGUCAGUCUGUGUGCUUUGUUAAUACGGCAUCUUCAAACCAGGAGAAAUUAUAGGAGGAGAGUAACAUUGGAUCAUUGCGGCAGGGCUAGGGUUAGGGAAGUUAACUUCCUUAGAAUAGUACAUAUAAGUGACGCUGCUUGUAUUGAUAAUACAAGGAAGGACAGAAGGUCUUUUCAUAAAUUAUGUGCGUUGGUUAAAACAGUUGGGAUGCUGCAGACAACUGCGUAUAUGGGUGUGGAAGAGAUGGUCGCAAUAUUUCUGCACAUAUUGGCCCAUGAUGUGAAGAAUAGAAUUAUAAAAAGACAAUUCAUGAGGUCCGGUGAAACCAUCAGUAGGCAGUUCUCAAAUGUGUUACUCGCUAUUUUACGAUGUCAUACUGUUUUGCUGAAGCAGCCUGAGCCAGUUGCGGAAACAUCGACUGAUGAAAGAUGGAAGUGGUUCAAGAAUUGUUUGGGCGCUCUCGAUGGGACACACAUAAAGAUAAAUCCCCUGCAAGCUGACAAGCCAAGAUAUCGUACUAGGAAGGGUGACAUAGCAACAAAUGUGUUAGGGGUUUGUUCUCAGGACGGUCAGUUCAUUUUUGUAUUGCUUGGAUGGGAGGGGUCAGCCGCAGAUUCAAGGGUUCUAAGAGAUGCAAUCGCGCGGCCACACGGGUUAAGGGUGCCAAAAGGUUACUAUUACCUGUAUGAUGCUGGAUACAUGAACGGUGAAGGUUUCCUGACACCGUAUAGAGGACAACGAUAUCAUCUAACUGAAUGGAGGCACGGGCCUCAACCAAGGACACCACAAGAAUUUUUUAAUAUGAAGCACUCAUCUGCAAGGAAUGUCAUAGAGCGAUGUUUUGGGAUGCUGAAGGGGCGUUGGGCAAUUGUCAGGUCAAAGUCAUUUUAUCCGGUUAAGACGCAAUGCAAGAUUAUAACAACUUGUUGCUUGCUUCAUAACCACAUAAGGAGAGAAAUGACAAUGGAUCCUUUAGAGGUUGAUGAUGUCAACAUGCAGCUAGGUGAAGAUGACAUUGGCGGAAAUGAAAUGAUUACUCAUGUUGAGUCUUCCAAUGCAUGGACACUUUGGAGGGAUGAACUGGCGCAUAAUAUGUUUAACACGUGGAGGAAUCGUGCUUGA